UGUGACACGGACACUUGAGACGCUAUUGUCGUUAUAUAUUUGCUCCAGAGCUCUGCUUUUGGCUGCGGGCGUCUCUGUCUCUGUGUGGCGAAAUUAAAUGAAUUGUUGAUUACAAGACUUAAAGGGGUUCAAAAACGCUGUCCGGGAUGUACGCUUUGAUCAUUCUGACAGGACUGCUGGCUUUCGUUUCCAGCAAACCAUGCGAUACUGAGGGUUCUACCAACAACGAAUUGCUCCUCUCACUCAAUAAGGAGCUCCUGUACUCUGUAGAGGGGCAGCAAGGACUCCCAAAUCCCAGUGUGCACCUGGCAUUGCGGCUCUCUGAUUCCCAUAACCUCAUGAAGGAGCUCGAUCACCGGAAUAAAUUAAAAACCGAUCUGCACAAUCACCUUGCAAACUCCCUCUCUAAUAGACAGCCUGUAACGGGCCUCCUGGGCUUGUAUGCUCUGGCUUUGAAGGCUUCCUGCCAUGACCUCAACACCAUUACCUUCUCUGUCAAGGAGAAAGUGGAGACCCUGCUGACCCACCUCAAGAGACAGAUGGAGGAGGAGAAGGAACAUAUUGCAUACAGCCAGCGCCCUCUGACUAAUUACUACCAGUACUCUCUGGGUGUCCUUGCUCUGUGUGUGAGCGGCAUCAGAGUCAACCCUCACGUCAGCAACAAGCUCAUCAAGGCUGUAGAGCAUGGACACAUCAGAAAUGGGAAUGUAGAGUGUGUCGACACCUUGGCCAUGGCCGGGAUGGCCCUUCAGUGUGUGAAGGAGGCUGGCUCCCAUGUGCAGAACGCUGCAGAGCUGAACACUGCCUUAAAAAAGAUCAAGCAGAAGCUCCUGGCAGCACAGCGAGCUGAUGGACACAUAGGCAAUGAGUUCAGCACUGGACUGGCUGUCCAAGCCUUGUUGGCAAUGGGCAGUCAUGUUGAGGAAUGUGCUUCAUCCAUGGAGGCCAUGAGGUCAGACGCCAGAAGGAAGACAUACCACAACCCCAUGGCCAUAUCCCAAAUACUGCCAGCCCUCCAGCAGAAAUCCUACCUGCAAAUAAAGAGCAAAGAGUGUCACAAUGAGGAUGACAGUCUUGUUUUGGAGCCCAGGGAGCCCACUCCUGUAUCACCAAGUCAAACCAAAGUGGCUCUGAGGGUGGAGGUGAAGGCAUUCAAACGGGUUGCUACGUAUUCAGUGGAUGUGCCAGAGGGCAGCUCCCUGUUGGAAGCCCUGGAACUUCUUCAGAGGAAGAACGUUGGCUUUACGUUUGAGAAAGAGUCUAGCUUAUGGGGGCACUUCCUAAGUGUGGUGAAUGGACAACAGGCAAGACAGCAAGACCGCAGAUACUGGCACCUCUCGUCGGAUGGCUCUGCUCUCAGUCAGGGUAUCAACGAUUAUAAGAUUGAGGCAGCUCAGAAGAUCACCAUCACAAACACAGUCUACUGAAGGUGAUGUCUCAAAAACAAUAGUGAUUGAUGUGUGUUUGAUGAUUGAUUCUGUGGACUGUUGUAAAAUUAAAGUUUUCUGCUGUAUGUGCUAGUGUUGUCUGAGAUUUAGUGUUCUUUAUUGUUGUCGUGGUAUUUGCAUCCAAAGUGGAGCCAGAUGCCCUAGUUAUUGACAUUGUGUGGAAUAAGAGUCUACUGGGGGCAUUCAUACUUUAGUAUGUAAUUCACUGCUAAGACCACUGCAGUUUUAGAGCUUCAUCUAACACUGAAAAGAUAUGAAAUCAAAUGAUUUUGAAAAGAUUAGCAACAUUUUAUAUUACUGCGAUUUUUUUUAAACAAAUCAAAAUACACUUUGCUAGUUUUUGAAGUGAUUGAAAAAUCACCAUGCGUUUCUGUAAAAUAUGGCCAGAUGUUUUAAAUAAAUCGAAAGUGUGUCAAAAGAUUUUUUCUGUUUUUUUUCUUCUGUCAUUUUCUCCUGUCACUGCUUUUUCCUAACAGCUUGUGUUUGCAUUGUGGUAAUCAACCUCCCUAUGUUAUGGGGAGCUAUCAUGCGCAAGAUCAAAGUAUUAUUUUAAAUCACACUUAACAGUGACUGUAUGCAACUAUGAAAUUAUGCCACUGCUCAUCACAUCAACAAUGUGCCAUUGUAUUAUCACAGCAACUUCAAUUGUCAAUGGCAUUCUGAAAUACAUCAUUGAUCAUUAAAUUAAGGGGGACCACACCAAUGACAUUUCCUUACGGGGUCCUGACUUUCAAAGGCCCUGACAGCUCUCUCCCAAUACUUGAAUUUAUAUGUUACAAAGAUUUUUUUUUUUAGUCAAGUUACACGUUCUUUUGUCACCAGCUGCACGUUUUAUCAGUAAUCCAUCUUUCCACAAUGAAUUGUAAGCUUUCAGUAUGUCAAUAAAUACA